ACGGCAGGGGCGGGGCCGAGCGGCCGAACCUGGUUCCCGAGGCGCGGCGGCCGCGGCUGGGGGCGGGGAGGGGGGCGCAGGACCCCAAGCGGGGGUCCCGGAGCCAGAGGGCCAGUUCCCGUCCCCCCAGCAGCAUGGCAUCGUGUGCUGAACCCUCUGAGCCCUCUGCCCCGCUACCCGUCGGGGUCCCACCGCUCGAGGACUUUGAGGUGCUGGAUGGGGUUGAGGAUGCAGAGGGUGAGGAGGAAGAGGAGGAGGAAGAGGAGGAGGAGGAUGACCUGAGUGAGCUGCCACCGCUGGAGGACAUGGGACAACCCCUGGUGGAGGAGGCUGAGCAGCCUGGGGCCCUGGCCCGAGAGUUCCUCGCUGCCAUGGAGCCCGAGCCUGCCCCAGCCCCGGCCCCGGAAGAGUGGCUGGACAUUCUGGGGAACGGGCUGUUGAGGAAGAAGACGCUGGUCCCAGGGCCGCCAGGUUCAAGCCGUCCGGUCAAGGGCCAGGUGGUCACCGUACAUCUGCAGACGUCGCUGGAGAAUGGCACGCGGGUGCAGGAGGAGCCGGAGCUGGUGUUCACGCUGGGUGACUGUGACGUCAUCCAGGCCCUGGAUCUCAGUGUCCCGCUCAUGGACGUCGGGGAGACGGCCAUGGUCACUGCUGACUCCAAGUACUGCUACGGCCCCCAAGGCAGCAGGAGCCCAUACAUCCCCCCGCACGCGGCCCUGUGCCUGGAGGUGACCCUGAAGACGGCUGUGGACGGGCCUGACCUGGAGAUGCUCACUGGGCAGGAGCGCGUGGCCCUGGCCAACCGGAAGCGGGAGUGCGGCAACGCCCACUACCAGCGGGCGGACUUCGUCCUGGCCGCCAACUCCUAUGACCUCGCCAUCAAGGCCAUCACCUCCAGCGCCAAAGUGGACAUGACGUUCGAGGAGGAGGCACAGCUCCUGCAGUUGAAGGUGAAGUGUCUGAACAACCUGGCGGCCUCGCAGCUGAAGCUCGACCACUACCGCGCGGCCCUGCGCUCCUGCAGCCUUGUGCUGGAGCACCAGCCAGACAACAUCAAGGCUCUCUUCCGCAAGGGCAAGGUGCUGGCCCAGCAGGGGGAGUACAGUGAGGCCAUCCCCAUCCUGAGGGCAGCGCUGAAGCUGGAACCUUCCAACAAGACGAUCCACGCAGAGCUCUCGAAGCUGGUGAAGAAGCAUGCGGCGCAGCGGAGCACGGAGACCGCCUUGUACCGGAAAAUGCUGGGCAAUCCCAGCCGGCUGCCUGCUAAGUGUCCUGGCAAGGGUGCCUGGUCCAUCCCAUGGAAGUGGCUGUUUGGGGCGACUGCUGUUGCCUUGGGGGGUGUGGCACUCUCUGUGGUCAUCGCUGCCAGGAACUGACCACCCAAGUGGCUGCCACUCCCUCUGCACACCAUGGACCCUGCCCUGUGCUCCCCAACUCCCCCAGGCUCCCUGUCCACUGCCCUCCCUGGUCUGGCCCCCUCCUCCGGGUUAGGGGAGCAAGGAUUGGGGGUCGUGCAGCCCAGCCAGCAGGAGGGACUGAGGCCCUCUAGGAGGAAAGCCCAGAGGGAGGGGGCCCUCAUUCCUUCAGACCGUUUUCCCCCACCCUCUUUACCCCACUGGGCUAGGUCUCCGCCAGGGCCGGCCUCAGUUUCUCCUCAACAGGCCUGGGGGCAGCCCUUCCCCUGCCUAGUCCCCGCCUGAGUGCCAGACCCCCUGCCCCGCCUGCCGCCCCCUGUCCAGGCUCCUUCCCUGCCACAGUGAAAUAAAGCGUCCCACCCUGCA